AUGAAUGGCUCUUUUUUCGGUAACCUCACGGUUUUUCCAAACAGCGUUCGGUUUGAUUGUGAUGCGGGGUUUAUUCUUAGUGGUUCCUCUGUGAGAACGUGUCAGUCGAAUGGUAUCUGGAGUGGAUAUGAAACAAAGUGUAGUGGUGAGAUUACCAGUCUAAAAGGCCUUAUAAAAGUUACUGCUCCGGCUAGCGAUCGUUAUCACAUCUAACACGUUUUUUUCACGAAAUGCUGUUCAAUUCGACGAAGAAAAAUUAAAAAAUAAUUUUUAAAAAACAGACGGAUGGACAAUAGAAGAGAUGGACAGAAUCGAAAUUUCUAUACUUUGACUCAAUAGCGUAAGUACAAACUGCUCAGUUUCUGUUGAGGUCAAUAAUGCUGUUUCAUGUUUUCCCUAAUUAUUAUUUUUUUGUUAUUGCUCUAGCUAUUGAUUGUGGGCCAUUACCUGUCCCACAAAAUGGAAGUUUAUUGGGCAAAAUGACCGUAUACCCCAGCAUUCUGCAAUUUUCCUGUGACGAAGGAUUUACGCUGCACGGAUCUAGUUACAGAAAGUGUCAAACAAAUGGAGCAUGGAGUGGAAACAGCUCUUUUUGCAAAGGUGCAAACGGAAUUUUGUUAUUCUGUAAUCGCUUAUUAUACAUAGAAAAUAAUUUAUCUUAAAGCAAGGUCAGAGAAAGGUUUGGCGGAAACUAAGAUUUAUGCUUGUGCCCCCAAAUGGCCGUGCAGUAACUCAAUUUAGGUAACAAUCUUCCAAUGUUUUUGCAAUUAACUGAGCAUCAAAAACACAUUGUAUGUGGGGAUUUUUUAUUUGUUAGUUGGUUUCUUUGGCUUAUCUCCAACAAAAUCCGAUUCCUAGUUCAUUUCCGUUUCCUUCUAACGUUUAGAGAACGAUUGUGGUCCUUUGUCAGUACCUAUGAACGGCACCUCAUUCGGAAAUCUAACAACGUUUCCAAACGAGAUCAGCUUUACAUGUGAUGAAGGUUUUAUUUUACAUGGAUCUGUUUUGAGACAAUGCCAAGCUAACAAGUUGUGGAGUGGAAAUGACACAUUUUGUGAAGGUAAUAAGCCCUAAUUCUCAACCUAUUGCUACAAUUUGAAACGGAGAUGAAAUUAAACAAAUGUAGAUGAAAAGCUAUUGCAAGUAUUGUAACUACUGCCUCAUGAAUGCAAUUUUUUUACAGCUGUUGAUUGUGGUCACUUAGACAGUCCAAAAAAUGGCUCGUUGUCCGGCGACUCGACAGUGUUCCCAAGUAGUCUACAAUUUCAGUGUGACUUGGGGUUCAUUCUUAAAGGAUCCAGAAUUAGAAAGUGCCAGGCGAAUGGCACAUGGCAUGGAUUUAAGACCUCUUGCCAUGGUAAGUUAUUACACUUCUGAUAUAUACAUUAUUCUUAUUUCUUUCCUAUCAAGUUGAGGCUUAACGAAUAGUCUAGUUUAAGUAUUUGAUCCGGAAAGGACCAAUGUCAGUAUCUGAGCAACUGGGCACCCAACAACAGCCGACUGAUAUCAAGCGAGAGUUACUGUUGGGUUAGGGGAGGGGUAGGUGUGUAGUUGCUCGUCUACUGAUUUCGAUCUGGAAACUUACCAUCUAACAAGAUCUGAAUAAUGAUAAAAACUAACCAAGAAAAGACGGUCAACCUAAGGUACCCGUGCGAAACAAGAACGAAUAAUUUUUAAACGUCACCGCUACACGUAAAUGAAUAUGGAGAGGAGUUCGCGCACGAGAAGCUGUUCAUCUAUUUCCUUGGAGAGUUAUCUUCUAUCAUGUUACAAUGGAGGAUAGAAUGAGCAUCUAUCUAAGCUUCCUCACUAACAGUUUCCUUCACCUGCAGCUAUUGAUUGCGGACAGCUACAAGCACCUCACAAUGGAAGCAUGAUCGGUAAAAAUACGACCUAUCCCAACAUGCUGCUGUUUACUUGUGAUGUUGGGUUUACACUAGUCGGAGCCGUUGUUAGGAAGUGUCAAGCAAAUGGAACAUGGAGUGGAACCGACGCACUAUGCCAAGGUGAAAAGAAAAUUUUUUUUUAUGAGCAAACUGAACCAUCAUGAUUCCCCUCUUAAACAUGAGUACAUGAACCUUCCCUAUAUUUACUAUUUCUUGUUUCAAAUUACUUUGUUAGAAUUAUUUGGUUUUUUUAUUAAGUUUCUUUGUUUCUUCGUCUGCUUUUCUAUUUUUGUUGUAACUUUAGAUGCAGUGAUGGAACUAUCUUAAUAAAUGUAUCAAUAGUUGUAUUGUGUUUGUGUUGUUGUACGUGCCACUAUUGUGACAUGUUGAGGAAGUGCCGUAGUAGAGAUUUUCCGUUUAUCAGAGAAAGAAACGGUAAGAACGCUUGGAAACAAAGAAUUCUCUUUUUUUGAGAUAUAUUUUAUUUGCCCUUGUAAACCUUAGGGGUUUCGAUUAACAUUUUAAAAAUUGAGAGUGACCAGUUUCUAAUUUCUCCUUACGGUGAUAUGGCUGAAUCGUUUAUCAGAGAAAGAAACGGUAAGAACGCUUGGAAACAAAGAAUUCUCUUUUUUUGAGAUAUAUUUUAUUUGCCCUUGUAAACCUUAGGGGUUUCGAUUAACAUUUUAAAAAUUGAGAGUGACCAGUUUCUAAUUUCUCCUUACGGUGAUAUGGCUGAAUCAUUCAUGAGAUCAUGAGAAUAAAGGAGAUGAUCAAAGAAACUUUGAUUGUUAAAAAAAUUCUCCUUCAGUACUAAAGGAAACGUAUAGAAAAGAGUAUGGAGAAUAUGGAUGCUGAUGUUAGAGUGUAAAGGGCUAAAACCUGCAACCGGUGGUCUACCUCCGUUUAUAAGACCCCUUACCGCCGUCUGUUAACCCUGCAAGCGGGCUCUCGUUCUUCGUUUCGCCUUACUGUCCCUCCCGGGGUGCCGUGGCUUCCCUUUUCCCUGGGAGCUAUGGCUUAUAACACGAACGGCAGUCGCUAAUAGAAAAGUUAUCGAAAUCCUAUAAACCCGUGAGGCAGAAAUGUGUUGAGGUGUUUUCUAUUCAUUUCGUGCUUUUUCGGUACAAACCUGUUCUUAAUCUUAUUAUCUGUUCAACUCAGCAAAUGACUGCGGACCUUUGUCCGUUCCCUUGAAUGGCAGCCUUAUUGGUAAACUGACUACUUAUCCCAACAAGGUCAGCUUUGGUUGCGAUAAAGGUUUUGUUCUGAGAGGGUCUGCAGUGCGCCAGUGUCAACCUAAUAAACAGUGGAGUGGAAAUGACACAUUUUGUGAAGGUAUGUUUUAAAUAAUUUUGUUGCUUUUAAUAGAAAACGAACUGAAACUCACAGAAGAAUUGCAAUGGAAGAAAUUCCAGAAAAUGAAGCCCGUAUCAUAAAGAUCUCGGCAGGGCUCGAACCCUUGCCACUAAGAUAUUAGUUGGCUUUUUUGGGUUUUAGCUACCAUUUUAGCUCCGAACUCAAAUUACAAGAACUCCGAAGUCAAAUUAUGAUAAAUGUUACUUUAUUGUGACUCUUAUCGUUUUGAUAAUGAAUCAAGGUGUUCUUGUCCUGACUACUUUAUUAGCAAAAGAUUGUGGAGUGCUUACUAUACCCAUGAAUGGAUCGCUGGAAGGAUCACUCACAACCUUUCCGAACAAAAUUAGUUUCGGCUGUGAUAAGGGCUUCAUCCUGAGAGGCUCAAAAGUUAGGAGAUGUCUAUCAAACGGGAAAUGGAGUGGAAACAAAACAUUUUGUGAAGGUAAACUUUCAAAUUGCUGGUGUGUGUUAAUUAACGCUGGGUAUAGAGUGUUGUAAGUGCUAUGCAUCGAUAUAACCAUAGAGGAGCUUUAACUGUAUCAUUACUUUCCUCCAUUAGCUAAAGAUUGUGGUGAGCUGAUGACUCCAACCAACGGGUCUUCAUUUGGUAACCUAACAACAUAUCCGCACGAAAAGAUAUUCAGUUGCGAUGAAGGUUUUAUUCUGCGAGGGUCGAGGACAAGGCAAUGCUUGCCAAGUGGAAACUGGAGUGGGAACACUACUAUCUGUGUCGGUACGUAUAUUUAACAAAUGUUCCAUGAGCGUGCGUUGGAUAUGAGAGUUGGCUAUAACCAAUCACGUAUCUAACAAGCGCAAAUGGAAUAGAUGUAUUUUCAGUUCUGCAACAGUUGGCGAAAUGCAUUUCCAUAUAAGGUGAAUAUGGAAAUAAUAUAUAAUAAUAUGAGCCGAUAGCCGGAGUUUAAUGAACCAUUCAGAACACUAGAAAUUCUAUAUUCGGCGUUAAAAAUUUAAUAAAUUGUUAUAUUAUUUAUGUAACAAAAUGACUGUUGUUUUGGACAGUAUACCUUAACUAGCUGAAAGAAAAUAAAUAAGAUCGAAAAGAUUUCAAUAUGAUGUCCGUUGGUAUAACAAAAACUGUUCAUUGCGUUAGAUCUAAGUUCAGUUUCUUUUUUGUUAUGGAGAAGUUAUGUUUACUACCAUCUGUCGUCCGUUUGUUUAUGUGGAAUUCUUGUGGCACCACUUUUUCAUCAUUUUACAAUUGAGUUCUCGAGAUUUAAAAAUCUAAUAGUCAAUAAUCUCUUAUUAGCUUAGACAAUUAAUAGUCAAUAAACUAACGACUUCUGAAUGUUAUAGCCAAAGAUUGCGGUCCUUUACCCGUUCCAUUAAAUGGCUCCCUAUUUGGAGAAAAGACAACAUACCCAAACCAAAUAACUCUCAGUUGUGACAACGGUUUUGUUCAGAGUGGUUCAGUGGUUAGAAGGUGUCAGUCAAAUGGAACAUGGAGCGGUGAUACCACGUUUUGCAAAGGUAAAGUAUUAAUCCUCGCGGUAUCAACGAACGCUUUUCAUUCAACUGAUUUAUUCUUGUUUUUCUCGUUCCCUUAUCCCCACUAUUACUAUAGCUCCAUUUUCUGCAUAACAAACACGCACAAGCCACAAUUCCUCUGUGUGCUCUGACGAAGGGCUAACGCUUUACACGUCAGCUAAUUAACUCUUUACGUUGGCUAAUUCACAUCAUCAACUUAGUCGAUAAAAACAAAUAAAGAAAUAACAAGUCUUGAAAUUAGGUUUUUUUUUAUGACAGCCUUUAUGACCAUUAGACGAAUAGCUUGAAUUGUAUCUCUCCUCUGGAGAAGUACUACUUGUGAAUUGAUUUUUUUCCGUUUCAUUUUAUUCCAGCCAAGGAUUGUGGUCCUCUUCUGGCUCCAGUAAAUGGCUCCUCUAGCGGAAAACUUUUUACGUUUCCCAACAUAGUAUCAUUUCGUUGCGAUGAAGGAUUCAUUUUAAAAGGAUCUGAAGUAAGGAAAUGUCAGGCCAACGGUGUGUGGACUGGAAACGACACCAUUUGUGAGGGUGAGAACAAAAGAAAGGACGAGGCCAACUAUUGCCGCUAAGGCACCUACUUCAGUGAUAUUUACCUGCAUGAAAAACGUGUAAUAUGUACCUUCUACUAUAUUAAAGUCAGAGGCAAUAUUUAUUUAAAGUCCGCCCAUUUUUUCAGUACUUUCUUUACGUUUUUUGCUGUCAUCUUUUUUUUUUAUGGAUUCGUUUUAUUUUGCGUUUAUUCGUUUCUACCAUUUUAGCUGUAGACUGUGGUCUUCUUUCAUCUCCUUUAAGUGGAUCCUCUUCUGGAAAUCGGACGGUGUACCCUAAUAGUGUGCGAUUGUGGUGUGAUUCUGGAUUCGUUUUGCAUGGUUCCUGGCUAAGAACUUGCCAAUCUAAUGGAAAAUGGGAUGGAAACGAAACCAUUUGUGAAGGUAAAAACCCGGUGGUGAAAUUUGCGCCCCAUUACGCUUUCUUAAGGUUACUUUGUUUCUUACUAAAAUAGCGAUUUCUAAAACAAUUUGAAUUACACGAAUUUAUUAUUUUUCGGCAGUUACUGCAUUCUUUUGAUUAUUAUUUAAUUUGUUUUCGUUGUUUUCGAAGCUAUCGAUUGUGGAGAGCUUAUGACCCCACAGAAUGGAACUAUGUUUGGGAAAGUGACAACGUACCCAAAUAUCUUAAGGUUUAAUUGUGACGAAGGCUUUAUUUUGACCGGAUCGUCUGUGAGGAAAUGCGGAUCUAAUGGUACUUGGAGUGGCUAUGAAACUAAGUGUCAAGGUUCGACAAUCUUUUCUUUUUCUACAUUUAGAUAAAACUGAGUAACUUAUCUUGAAAAUUUUGAGCCAUUGAGACUCGUAUUAACCAAAAUUCAAGCGUCCCUUUUCUGUCUCCUUCUUCUGCACAUUUUAAUAUUGUCAUCCUAUCUGGUUGCAUACCUGUGCUGUCGAAAUAUUUUCGCGGCCUGACCCUGAGCUGGGUUUAGCAGCUAACUUAAGUUGUAGCAAACUCAAGAGGAAAUCAUGCUGCUUUCUAGUGUAGCUAAACAAACAGUUUGUUUGCGACGUUGGUGAUGAUUCAUGAUAAUGAUGACGAUGAUUAAUAUUUUAUUUAGCGAAAGAUUGUGGUCCCCUAGCCGUUCCGGUGAACGGCUCGUCUAUUGGCGAUCUGACAGUAUUUCCACACAAAGUCGUCUUCAAUUGCGAUGAAGGAUUUCUCCUCAGCGGCUCUCGUAUCAGGCUUUGCCAAGCUAACGGAACUUGGAGUGGGAAUCAGACAUUCUGUCAAGGUCUUUCUUUGCUCUUUAUUCAGUGAGAUUAGAUGUUGAGAAGAUGCUAGUUGUACCGUAUCUCAAAAUAACUCAGUCGUAUUUAGCGAAACACUUUUGAUCUUCUAAAUUUUAAUGUGACAAUGGAUAUUAUCCGUCGCUUGCAAGGAAAAACAAAAAAGGGAGAAAAGAGAAAAACGUUUGCGUUAAAUGAGAUAAGGUGGAUCUUAACUUUAGACCUUGUCUUCCUGAAAUUAUUUCGUUGGGUCUUUCAGAUUAGAACAUUCACUUUGGUAAUCUAGAGGACUCUAGGUACCUAAAUAAAGUCUUCUAAGGGCUAUAAUCUGUUUUUCUUUGUAGGUGCUGAUGAAACUUCUUUCUUAUCUCCCUCUUAUUUUAUUAUUUUUUUACUUUUUUUCCUCUUAUUUCUUUUUCCUUAGCUGUCGACUGUGGUCCUUUGUCUGUUCCUGCGAAUGGCUCCUCUAUUGGUGCAGCAACAGUUUUCCCAAAUAGUCAGCGUUUUAUCUGUGAUCCUGGAUUCAUCCUAAACGGAUCUGCUUUAAGGACGUGUCAGCCUAAUGGAACAUGGAGUGGCUUUACAACCACAUGUAGUGGUACGUCUGAAGCAGACAUCAAUAAACACGGACAUUUGAUGUUGCCUACGUGUUCGUUUUGAAGAAACGCCCAACUGCUAUUGUCUUAUUGUAUGCCCAAUUGCGCUUACUUCCUGUUAUGGCACUCACUGUCGUGUUCGACUCAGUCUGUUAUCAUUUGAUAUUCGCUUUAUGUGUGUUCUUUCAUGCAAUUGCAACCUGCUCCACAAUUGUUUACAUGCUGAAUUUCGUUCAUGCUGAUAUAUUUUCUGCCGCCUAUUCCCUUUGAGCAUUUUGCGCUACUCCUGAACCGAUCAACGUGUCAAAACAUUUGUAUCUUCGAUUUCGAAAUUUAAUUUUGUUUGCUUCAUUCGUGAAGGGACGGAACGGGCUGACGGACGAACUAAGGAUUCGUCACCUCUGUCACAUAUUCUCGAUCAUCGUCUUUUCAUGAAGUGCCAUUCUUGAAUUUGUUCUUGUCGUUCAAUCUAAGCAAUUUAUAUCACUGUCACCCAAUUAAUUGAUUUAAACUUACUGUCCAGACCAGCGUUCAUAAUUUAUUAAUUAUUCUAAAAAGACGUAUUUUUUAUGGUACCUCUCUUGUUUUCGGCGGUAUUGCAUUUCAGCUGUUGACUGUGGUCGGCCUCAACCUUUGCGAAAUGGGAGCGUCAUUGGAGAAAACACAGUGUAUCCAAAUUUUGUCAUUCACAAUUGCGACGAAGGUUUUAUCCUUCGAGGCCCCGCUAAGAUAAAAUGCCAAACUAAUGGAACCUGGAGUCAAACUGAUAGCUUUUGUGAAGGUAAGACCUUGUUUCAUACAAAUAAUCAGUGGAUAGUAAAGUAAGACAUCGGUGCUCAAUCGUGAUGAUAUGGAAUUGGCGAUUUUUAAAACAAGUACCAACAUAUCCCCUGCUUUUGUUUUCCAGCUAAGGAUUGCGGCAAUCUUUCAAAGCCCUUAAAUGGUUCCAUGACGGGUCUUGAAACAAUGUUUCCCAACAAAGUUUCUUUUAAUUGCGAUGAAGGAUUUAUUUUAAGUGGUUCAAGUGUGAGGUACUGCCAAUCAAAUGGGUCCUGGAGUGGCACAGAGACCACGUGCACAGGUAAGGACACCUACAGCAGAUAGGUAGAUCCCUUCAUACAACUGUUUUUAGCUUUGGGUAUCUUGCGGCAUCUGCAGAAGAUGCCACUUGACAAUUGCGGCGUCUGAAUUUUUAAUAUACUGUUAAUUAGGUUAAGGUCUAGACAGUGGUUACAUUUAGAGCGCGAUUCAGUUACUCAGAGAGGAACAGAUGCCUUCUUUGGUUGACCGAGAAUCCGACAAAAUACUUUUUCCUUAUUUUCAUUUUUAACUCUUGUGGUGUUUUUAUGACAAAGAAUGCAUUGAAAUAGAGAUAUACGAAUUUUGAAUGACAGACAUUCUUGUCGACAAGAGCAGACCUACUCGCAUUGAGAUCCUUUGAAAUUUAAUUUUUUUCGUAGCUGUCGACUGUGGUUCUUUACCUGCACCCAUGAAUGGCUCAUCUCAUGGUGUGGCUACAGUGUUCCCCAACGGUAUACAAUUUAGUUGUGAACCUGGCUUUAUUUUAAGUGGUUCAGCGGAGAGAACUUGUCAGCCCAAUGGAACUUGGAGUGGAGUCACAACAGUAUGCACUGGUAGGAUUUAUUUACUAAUGUAUAUUUUGCAAAGCCGAUUGGCCGAGCAAAAAAUAUUCCCUCCUAAUUCUCUACGUAAGUAUUGCAUAAAGUAAAUUUUGGUCGAUAUAUUUUCUCUUAUUUCAUCAAGCGAUAGAUUGUGGCCCUCUCGCUGUCCCAACAAAUGGCUCCAGUAUUGGUUUUCUUACAACUUUUCCAAACAAGAUCGACUUUAGUUGUGACGAAGGUUUUUUCUUGAGAGGCUCUCAAACCAGGCAUUGUGAGGAAAAUGGAACAUGGAGUGGAAAUCAGACCUUUUGUCAAGGUAUCUAUAGUUAUUUUUGUCUUUCUGAGUUACGCAAUACAUUUGAUUUAGACAUGAUACAUUUAUUUUCUUUUAUUUGCUGUAAAGUAAUAAAAAGAUUGACGAAAGUUUUUUUUUAUAGUACUUUAUGAACCAAUAAUCCCCAAUAUUGCGCUACAUUAUUGAUCACUUAGUAAGUGUUUUGUAAACUUCUUAUUUCAAGCUGUUGAUUGUGGUUCCUUAUCUGUUCCUGUGAACGGCUCCUCUUCUGGUGACUCCACGGUAUUUCCGAAUAGUGUGCUUUUUAACUGUGAUACGGGCUUCAUUCUCAGUGGAUCUAUUGUAAGGACAUGCCAGCCUAAUGCGACAUGGAGUGGUUCUCCAACUACUUGCAGUGGUACGUCUAACACGAAAAUAAAACUGGUGUGUUUUUGUUUGUGGUUUUACAGAAAGUCGUUUUGGCAUAUCGAUCGAGGUAACAUUUUUUGUGGUUAAUGUGAGCACUGCUGUGCGGUUUACGCACUAAGCUCACGAAAGUGGCACUAAUAAGUGUAUUAUAUCUUGCGCAGUUCGGACUUCAGGUUUUAACACCACCCCUUAGCAACAUAAUUUCUUUUGCUAUGUGAAAAAAGCAACUGAAAUAUUUCGAGAAACAGUCUCACGGCGCGGAAUAGAAUAGAAACCUUGGUUUGCCACAACUAACAGCUAUUCUUUCAUUAAAUGUUUAUUGUUUUUAUAGCCAUUGACUGCGGUUCGUUAUCUGUUCCCAUGAAUGGAUCUUCCUCUGGUAACUCAACGGUGUUCCCCAAUAGCGUACACUUUCAAUGUGAUCCUGGUUUUCUUCUCAAUGGAUCUGCCAUAAGAACUUGCCAGGCAAAUGGGACAUGGGAUGGACUUGAAAGCCUUUGCAUUGGUACGUUUGAAGCAGAAAAGGAAAAACAAGUUGUUAGUUAAAAAAAGUUAUCGUCUUGCUACAACGAGACGGAAUGCGUCAACGCUUUGCUUAUGCGACUGAAUGUUAAAAAUUUCUCACCUUACCUUGCUCUGACCCUAAUAUCCUUUGUGAUCCUUUCACACCGUCGAUUCCUUGCUCUCAAGCUUUUGUCUUUUGUGCUAAUUUCAAGUUGUUCACAUCCGUCGUUAUGAUUUUGUUUGGGUGUACUUUCUGGGUUUUAAACUCUUCGUUAUCAAUAUCACGUAAUGCUUUUGAAUGAUUUUAUGCUAUAAGCGCGCGACAAACCUUUUUCUUGGUAAGUAAACCUUAAACAUAAAACGUCAAAACGAAUGGAAAGACGGACAAUAGUUAUCUCCCACUAUGUUUAAUAUCAUUUAUCCUGGCAUGAAAAAGUUCCCUGAUGAGCACUGGUAAGCAAUGAAAGCCUUUCUAGUUUUUACGCACACGCUUGAUUUCGCGUCGUCAUGGCAAUUGUACCAGAUAAAGUUUCACGAAACGAGAAUCUUGAAAUGGUCUAUAAUUACUUGUUUUACGCACGACGCAAAUGUAACAGCGAGGCGGUUAAAUCAGUAUUUAGGGUGCAGAACAGAAGCUCUGCACGUGCGUUUUAAGAGUUUUUGCAUUUCAAAGCUGUUCUCUGUAAAGCAGUAACGUGAAAUUCCCCAAUGGCGUGUCUUUUGAGAACGGAGAGUCUGACUUUAAAUUGUACUCAUCAGCUCCCAUCCCCCAUCUCCUUGUCAGUUAUCUUAUGCGACGUCACAAGAGGUAUAUGAUGAAGUUGUUGCUCGACGAUUUUUAACCGUCGCCUCGUUAUUGUUUGAAAGUAAGAUUUCCAGAGCUUGUUUAUUUUCUCCGCCUCUAUCAUGAUUUAUGUGUAUAUUUUCAGCUGUUGAUUGUGGCAAUCCUCAGUCUUUGCAGAAUGGAAGUAUUUUUGGCAAUAAGACAGUCUAUCCAAAUAGUGUCACCCACAGAUGUGAUGAAGGAUUCAUUCUACAUGGCUCCUCAAGGAUUACUUGUCAGACAAAUGGAACAUGGAGCAAAACUUCAAGCUAUUGCGAAGGUAAAUUUUAUCAAUUGAAUCCAAAUUAGGCCCAAAGUAGUAGCUUAUUUCUUGCAGCAUUUGGGUGCAACCAAGACAUUGUAGCCUAUAUUCACGUGGACAAGUGUAUUUUACUUUGGAUGUGCGGGUAGUCUUAAGAUGACGUUUUUCGGUAUAUUUUAAUAGUUAUGCGGUUUUGAAAAUGUUCAUCCACCUUCAUCAGGAUGUUGUCAGUCUCUACAUCCUGUCAAUCAUAUUCAGUGUUACUUUCUCUUUUCACACAGCCAGAAACUGCGGUGUUCUGGAUAUUCCUGUCAAUGGUUCAAUAACUGGAAGCAAAACAACCUAUCCUAGUAAACUUCAUUUUAGCUGCGAUGACGGAUUCAUCUUAAGAGGAUCCACUACAAGACAGUGUCUAGCAGAUGGGACUUGGAGUGGUAAUGACACCUCUUGUGAAGGUAAGGUUUCCCGGUGAUCAUGCUUUUACUUCCUACAGAAAUUGAUUGGUAAGCCCCUUCUGAACUAUUCUUGUCGACGCUGCUUGCAGUAAAUGUGAUUUUCAUCAGAAUUAACGGAAUCGAAAUUUGAUGUUUAUCAGGAGAUCGGUUUUUCUUGGUUGGGUAAUGCAGAAAAAAAUCAGAGUUAAGCCAGACGUAUGCAGAAGCUUUUUUCAAUAAUCGCAGAAUGGUUUUGAAUGAAAUAACCUUUUUCUUAACUCUUUUUUCUUAUAGCUGUUGAUUGUGGUCGUCUAUUGGUUCCCGUGAAUGGCUCUUCUUCUGGUAACUUCACAGUUUUUCCCAAUAGUGUGAUAUUCAAAUGUGAUCCUGGAUUCAAUCUCUACGGAUCCCCCAUGAGGAUGUGUCAGGCUAAUGGAACUUGGAGUGGAAAAGCGGUUUCAUGUUCUGGUAGGUUUCAACGAAAUAUGUGAGACGCGUUUGCAGCUACCUUUACCUUAAGUGUUGUGUGUUUUGCAAUUACGUCAGUUCGCUGAAUUCUGCUCUAGCCCGCAAGAACAACGCAUGUAAUUCUGCUUUUAUUUCUACACAGCGAAAGAUUGUGGUCCGCUUGCAGCUCCGACGAACGGUUCUUCAACAGGCGAACUGACAUUCUUUCCAAAUGAGAUCGCCUUUGAUUGUGAUAAAGGUUUUCUUCUCAAGGGCUCUUCCAUCAGGCAUUGUCAAACAAAUGGGAACUGGAGUGGAAAUCAGACCUUUUGCAAAGGUUCAUAUUGUUCACCUUUUAAUCAAUAUCCUGGUUCUUCAUAAGAUUAUUACGAUUCAUGGCUGUGUAUAAAACUAAAUUUUUGCAAUUGUUUAUGAAAAGUUCGAUGGCAAGAUUCCUUUGUAACAGCGGAACAAAGCAUUUCGAAACCACCACUGGAACUUUUUAUGGGGUCUUGCGUGCGUUCGGUCCGUUGGCUCUGUUCCCCAGAUAGGCGAGUUCGACUAAAAUUCGCUGCUUGGCCCUCAGUAAAACAAGGAUUAAACCCGCUGAUUCUUUAGAGAAAAGAAAAGAUAAUUCAUCCAUUGUCGAAGCACAACUAGAGUAACAGUAUUCUGAGCGAUAGGAGAAACCUGGCUCGUUUCACACGACAUCCUAAAGGUUUAUUGAGAGAAUCAGAAGAACUUUUUCUCGCUUAUAUUAGUGAGUGCUGUUGGUUUUCAGUUUUCCAUUUAUGAAAACACAGUUGCAGCAAUUAUUAUUUUUUUCUCUAUAGCUGUUGAUUGUGGUCUUUUAUCAAAUCCCAUGAACGGCUCCUCUUCUGGAGAAUCUACAGUGUUCCCCAAUAGUGUGCUAUUUGACUGCGAUUCAGGGUUCAUUCUCAGUGGAUCCCACGAAAGAAAAUGCCUGGCGAAUGGAUCCUGGAGCGGUUUCCCGACCGUAUGCAGUGGUACGUAUUAAAAGAGCAUUUUAGUAGGUGAAAAAGGAGAUCGCAGGAGUAACAGAAAAGACACAAUUCGCACAUAUUUACAAUUCUCGACUUCCUCACUAAAAAUCACUCAGAAACACUACCGUCUGUAUAUGAAGAUGCGAGGUAGUAAUUAUAAUUAUAUUCCAAUGCUACGGGUCCUUAGGUUCCCAGUUUUGCUUUUAUUCAAGCCUUAAUGAGAUAAUAAGGUCCUUAACUAAGAGAAGAAAGUUUACUUAGUGCAGGUACUGACGUAAUUAAUGAUGCCUUUCUAGCCGUUGACUGUGGUCCUCUAUCCGCUCCGAAGAAUGGUUCCUUAACUGGUAACUUAACAGUGUUUCCGAAUAGUGUAGCAUUUAACUGCGAUCCUGGAUUCCUUCUUAAUGGUUCUGCUACGAGGAAGUGCCAGGCAAAUGGAACGUGGAGUGGCUUACAAGCUGUAUGUAAUGGUAGGUUAAAGGAAAUGCAUUCCAUUGAGGUCGCACGUCAGGAUUGUCAUGGAUGUGCUUGUCACUGGCAGUCAUUUAGAAGUAACAGGAAGGCGUUCUACACAAGACGUUAAAAUUAUCGACGCUAAGUAUUUCCAUUGUGUGUUACAAUCCUCUGUCGUAUUUCCUUUUAUUUGUUGUCGCUAGAACGUUGCUACGGUUAUGGUAAGUGUUCAACUGUCGCCUAAAAGCCAGUUUCCUUCUGAUGUGUAUUUGUUUGUGUUACGAAUUGCUUGCGUCUUUGUAAGCACCUAUUGUUCUAUAGUUUGCUGUUUGCACCCCGCAUAGUUAAUAUGGUCUGACGGACGGACGAAGUUACCUCCUUUAGUUAUAAACUUUAGAGCAUAGAUUACUCAUGUAUUAGGUCGUCGUGCGUUUUGUUUUGGCCAUAAUUAUUUACAACAAGCUUGAGCUUUUAUUAUACUUUGUCCUAUCCCGAUGUGAUUUAUCUUUCCAGCUAUUGACUGUGGUAUGCCCCAGCCCUUAAAGAAUGGCACCGUCAUCGGAGAAUUUACUGUGUAUCCCAAUUUUGUGACUCACAUUUGCGAUGAAGGAUUCGUUCUUCGCGGUCCUCCAAAAAUAAAGUGUCAGACGAAUGGAACCUGGAGCAAAAGUUCCACCUUUUGUGAAGGUAAAACACGUUUCCAGAUCUCACUGCAAAUAUGCAUUGGAAAGGUGCAUGUGUAUUUUCAGAACUGUUGUGAAAUACGUCACUGGUGUUGUGCCACUGGAGUGCCGAAGACAUUUUAGAAUACAUUGAUCACAAUAGAACGUUAAGAUAUGUAGCAAGAUAAUGCACAUAUGAAAUGACGUUCUAAAUUAGUACUUCAAGGCUUUCCAACUUUCUGCUACGAGAGGGUGUUCAAAGCAGAAAUACAAAAGAAGAGAUAUAUAUUGUUAUUUAGUAAACUUGGCCUACAAUGCUGCCUGUGUUGUUUUUGGUUUUAUUUCUUUCGUUUUCUCUUUAUCUACAGCCAAGGAUUGUGGGGCGCCUGUUGUUCCUGUGAAUGGCUCUGCAACUGGACAAAAAACUACUUUUCCAAAUGAAGUUACUUUUAGCUGUGACGAAGGAUUUAUUUUGAAUGGUUCAACAGUCAGGCGAUGCCAGGCUAAUGGGUCCUGGAGUGGAGUUCAAACAUCUUGCAGAGGUAACAUUGCCAUAUUGGUAAGACGGAAUGCAUAGCACAUGCUAAUGAAAUUAAACGUGUGGAGACACAUUCUAGCAUUCACUUCGUUAACCCGAAAUUUUAAAAAUACCUGGCGUCAAGCAGGGAAAAACUUGGGGCGAAGACGAGAUUGCUUUUGUUUGAACAUUCUAGGUGGUGUUGGUUAACCAUUCUAAACUCGGAGCACAGUGAAAGGAAAUGAUUUUGGAUUGCUUUCCUUAAUCGAAAUAUUUUGUAAAAAAGGAAACAUGUCUAACUCGAUUCUAAUUAAAACAUUUGUGUGAACUCUUUUUCAGCUGUCGAUUGCGGUCCUCUCUCGGCUCCUAAGAACGGAUCUUUCGUUGGUGACUCCACAGUCUUCCCUAAUAGCCUGCUCUUUGCUUGCAAUCUCGGAUUCAUUCUUGAUGGAUCCUAUAGGAGGACAUGUCAGGCAAACGGGACGUGGGAUGGGCUUGAAACUGUUUGUAUUGGUAAGUUUACUGUUGAAAUCGAAAUUUAUUUCAGAGUCCUGCCUAGGUUUGUGCAAUCUAUAUUCCUUUCUGUUGGGCUUUUUCUACGGAUCUCAGUAAAUUCUAAUAUACACUCGCGGAGCUCAUAGUUGCAAUAUACCUCUUCCCUAAAUGACAAGUUUAGUUGCAAUUCUUUUGUAUUCAUUUCAUCUAGUCUUUGUGGACUCAAAAACAUUUAAGGGGAAAAAAAACAGGAUUUUCACUCAAAAGCAUGCAACAAGCCUCUCGCCCUCGCUUUUGAGUGAAAAUCCAGUUGUUUUUUCUCCUGAAUGAGAAUAAAGACCAUGUCUACCGUCAUGUAAAAGGUCUAUAAUGUUCACAACUGUCCUUAAUACGCAUGUACGUAGAUCACCACUCAAACACCCUUUAUUGAUAAUAUCUUGAUUCAGCAAAAGAUUGUGGUGCCUUGGAAAUCCCAGCAAAUGGUUCUUUACAUGGUGAUCUUACUACUUUUCCGAACAAGGUCGACUUUAAUUGUGACCAAGGAUUUCUUCUCAGCGGUUCGCAAACCAGGCGAUGUCAGGGAAAUGGAACUUGGAGCGGAAUUCAGACAUAUUGUGAAGGUUUUGUUUUCUUUCUUUCCUUUUAGCUGUAUUAAACAGGCAAUUCUUUUCUACUCCAGUUCAUAAUAGCGGGUCAUUCUACUGCGUUAUGAGGAUUUUAGUGCAAAGAGCACCCUUCCGUCCCACUUGAUUUUUUAAAUGUUUAGCAUUGUAUUUAUUUCUAUAGCUGUAGACUGUGGCCCCCUGUAUGUUCCGAUGAACGGCUCCGCUUCUGGUAACUCCACUGUGUUCCCAAAUAGUGUGCAGUUUAGCUGUGACCCUGGAUUUAUUCUUAAUGGCUCUGCUGUGAGAACGUGUCAACCUCAUGGAACUUGGAAUGGGACUAAAACUGUAUGUGUGGGUAAGUUGCAAGGAAAGAACUGUUAAAAGCAGGUAAAUAAGAAAAGUAGAAAUUGCAAUUUUCCCUCAGAAUGGUUAACCUUUUGAAGACGCUUCUUUUGAGGAAAUGUAAUUAUUUAAAGAGGAAAUUUAUUAUGAAAAGGUGGCUCGCUACAAAACUGCGUCCAGUUGCGAUUUAUUAAUGGUUAAAUCUAUGCUUCAAAGCUAGAAAUGCCAAUGUUUAAUUCAACUAGCUUGAAUAGAAAGUAAUCUUUUAAUAAUAAGUUACUGGCCGAAAGAUGGAAAUCGAUGGCAAUGUCUCAUGAGCGAAAAUUGUAUACCUGAUGCAUUUCUAUUCUUUGUAGCUGUGGAUUGUGGACCUUUACCUGUUCCUACGAAUGGUUCCUCUUCUGGAGACUCCACAGUCUUCCCUAAUGCUAUACAAUUUAGUUGUGAUCCAGGGUUCAUUUUGAGUGGAUCUGCCUCAAGGAUGUGCCAGACUAACGGAACAUGGAGUGGUUUCUCCACUGAAUGUAGUGGUAGGUUGAACGAGCGGUCUUGUUCCUCUCCGUCUUAUCCUGAAUCAAGAACACCUUUGGCAGUUAUAAUUUCAUUUUUUUGAUCAAUCAAUGAUCAAUCAGUGAAACAAUCAAUCAAGGAUUCCUUAUUCAUUCAAUAAUUCGAUCAUUCACGUUUUUACUCAUCUACUCAUUUCAUUCAUAUGUUUAUUCCAAUCAAAACAAGUGCCUCUGCAACUGUGCACCUACCUCUCCCCUAACCCAACAACAGUCAACUGUUAACAAGUUAAUAUUAUAGUCAAGUUAGGGGAGGGGUAGUUGCGCAGUUGCUCAUAUACUGACGCUGAUCUGUUCAUUCCUUCUUAUUUAUUCUGAUGCAAUUAUCUUUCCGUGCCUUUAUUCAUGGAUCUCUUCCUUUUUCCUUUUAUUUCAUUUGCUCUCUUCCUUUUUUUCAUAAUUAUUAUUCGAUGAGAUUUUCAAAUCUCGCGCGCAUAGUCAGUCAAUGAAUGAAGGUCAUCCAAUAUGCAUCAUCUCUCCAGCGUUUUUGUGCAUGAAUCCUGAAAAUUUCGGAUGCAUCAUCAAACAGUGUUAAAUUGGCUAAAAUCGCUCUACCUUUCGAUGCUGCAGUUUAAGUUGAUCAUGUCUACAUCGAUCCUUCUUCCUCUUGAAUUCGCAUAAUUUCCUCCACAUCAUAUCCGUUCUGUGAAAGGUGACCUAUUUACUUACACGGAUUAACGCAAGGCUACACUGACGUGUCUCUUUAAAUCUUCGAAGUAGUCCAAGUGGAAUAAAUGGCCUCUUGGUCAAAUGGGAGAACGGACGGACAGACAGACGUACGUCAGUGAUCGUCGUUUAUUUCUAACUCUGCGAUUUUUGUAAUCAUAAUUUUAACUCGGAUAAUUAACAACGACGACAUUGACGUUUCUUUUACCUAUCGCAGCCAAGAGUCACCAAAUAACCAAGCUUUUUAUUUUUUGGCGGAUGUUUUCUUGUAGCUAUCGACUGUGGUUGGCCUGAGCCAUUACAGAAUGGAAGUAUCAUUGGAAAGUUUACUGUGUACCCGAACUCUGUGCGCCACAUUUGUGAUAAGGGAUUUGUUCUUCGUGGUUCUCCUGAGAUAAAAUGCCAGGCAAACGGAACAUGGAGCAAAACGUCUAGUUUUUGUGAAGGUAGAAAACAAAUGUUAGUGGUAACUAUGUGCCGUGGAAUAACUUCCUACAGCAAACAACAGAGGCAGAUCUUGUUUAACUUGAAAACGGGUGCAUCGAUCUUUUUUUUAUUUUUAUUUUUUUUUAAUUUUUUAUUUAUUUAUUUAUUUUUUUACUUUUGAUUACCAAUAUGGCUCGUCAUUGAAUAUCGCUGCUGUAUGGGCUAGGCGGUUAAUUUCUUAUUUCAAGCAGUGUUACAACUUUCACUUUUUAACGUCAAUCAAAUUGUCUGUGACUGGAAAGUCCACUGUUUCUUACAGCUAAGGACUGCGGUGCUCUUGAGGUCCCUUUGAACGGUUCUAUUACUGGACGUGAAACGACCUUUCCGAAUGAAGCCAUGCUGAGCUGUGAUGUUGGGUUUAUUUUACACGGAUCGUCAUUCAGGCGCUGUCAAGCAAACGGAACAUGGAGUGGUACUAAAACUGUUUGCAAAGGUACUUAGUAUAUACCUUUUUAUCAUUAUGACAGAUCAUUUGAUUUGCAGUUUUAGUUUGGCUAGAGUUGCGAAUAUGUCGAGUAUCUAUCACUUUGGAUUUUCAGGUUCGCCGAAACGAAUUCGAUUAAAGUCGAUUUUUUCUCUGCAGCUGUUGACUGCGGCUCAUUAUCCGCUCCAAGGAAUGGCAGUUCACUUGGAAACUUUACGGUGUUUCCUAAUGAAUUAUUGUUCUACUGUGAUCCUGGAUUUUUGCUUGGUGGUUCCUCCACAAGAACAUGCCAGGCUAAUGGUACAUGGAGUGGAAUAGAGACCAUUUGUACUCGUAAGUUUAAAUUGUGAAUACCCUAAGAGGAAUCAAUUUGAUAAUUCUCGUUGCACGUAGUAAAAAAUUUAUAGUUGAAAUUUAGCCCAGAGCUUACGCAUAUAAUUAAAGCUUGCAUCGCUUGGCUGAAUAGAUUUACCCGAAUGGGUCUGUUGGCUGCUAGGGACGUUUGAAACCGUGCACCAUCUGAGAUUUAAGGAGUCAAAAGUUACAUUGGGUGUAAUUUCGCACGUAGAGGAUAAAAAAUGUAUUGCUUGCGAAGUCUGAUCAUAGCUGUUCUGCCAGCUGACUUUGUUGUGAUCGUAUUUGUCUAUUUUUAGCCGUGGAUUGCGGUCCGCUACGACCUUUGCAAUACGGGAGUUACAACGGGACAAGUACAGUGUUCCCAAACGUUGUGAAUGCAGUUUGUGAUAUGGGAUUCAUUCUUCGAGGAUCUUCUCGUAUUAAGUGUCAAGUAAACGGAACGUGGAGUUCGAAUGACACUUUUUGUGACGGUACGAGAUCUACACGUAACUGCAUCUCUACCACAAUUCCAACAAAAUGAUUUUUCUAUUGAGAGAAGUGCAUCGCUAGAGUAUCCGAUCACAAAGUAAAAAGGGUAGAAGGAUGCUUUGAUUAGUUUAACAAACGUCACUAAGAACGCGUGGAGUGAGCCAGGAAAUUAGAUUAUAAGUUUCAAAACUUCGUGUAAAGUUACUCUCAGCCACGUUUACCUUGUUUUAUCCCAGCUGUACUCGUUAUCUCGGUGCAUUUUAGCAUAUAAAAGUUUGGUUAGCCAAACUUAUCUGCUUAAAGUAGUAAUUUGAGCUAAACCCUGUUGAUCUUAGAUGAGCUAAGUGAAGUGUACUCAAGAAGGAAAACGUUAUUCCCGAUUCAAGGUUUUUUACUCUUAAGUUCAUGAAAUGUCUGCCCCUCAUUAGCAAAGGACUGUGGAAAUCUACCAAGGCCUCUCAACGGGUCCGUGAUCGGUGACAAGACGACGUAUCCAAGCGAAGUGGAAUUUGAGUGUGAUGCAGGAUUUAACCUUCAAGGAUCCACCAUCAGGAGAUGUGAGGCCGAUGGUCAAUGGAGUGGAGUGGAGGUUAAAUGCCGAGGUACAUUUAAUCUAUAUGAAAUAAGGAAUUCUCCACCCAUUUUGUUUGCUCGUUACCACUCGGCUUUUAGAGGGUGGACGCCUUGAUUGACGGCUGUCUUAGUUGUUUAUUGUUUAAAGAAAUGAAUUCUUUGUUUCAGUACACCUUUCCCGGUUCUAUUUGUCAACAAUACCACAGUUUGAAGACCACAGUCUACAUUUAAGAGUCUUUACAUGACAAUUGUUCAUGGUCUAGGUUUUACCUGUCUAUCACAGCCUUUCAGUUUCUUUGUGUUUCAGGGAGUAAAUAAAAUCGCAAAAAACGGUCAUUGUUAGUAAAAGAAUCGUGUUAUGAUAAGGCGUUGUAAAAAAUGAAAAAUUAUUCCUUUCUUACAUGUGGAACAGCUGAAACACAAAUUGGAGACAAGCUUCGAUCCUCUCAACAUUUGAUUCUAAAUGCUCGAUUGGAUUCAGGGAAGUGUGUGCUUUCUAAAAAGACGCAUUUACUCGACCCCGCGCUGGUUGAGAUUAGAUGCAUGACGUUCGUCAGGACACGAUUUGAAGCUGGUUCUCUUUCGAGACCCAAAGUUCAUUCCCCAAUCAUUUAUAACUUUAUUUCUUCCAGCGGUUGAUUGUGGUCGUUUAGCUAUUCCUGAACAUGGCUUUGCCCAUGGCAAUUCCACAACAUAUCCCAAUACGAUCACCUUUAGUUGUAACACAGGAUUUUCCUUACACGGAACAUCUUCCCGAACAUGCCAAGCGGACGGGACAUGGACGAGUGGAAAAACACGUUGCCAAGGCACGGUAUUUUCUUCUUCGUCAGUGUAUCACAGCUUCUCGAAGUAUCGUACAUGUAUUGUCUUCUAGUAGUCUUUGGCAUAAGAGGAUUGAUCAGCUCGAAAUAAAGAUUAAUGGAGCUGAUGCUAAUCGGGUAUUUGUGGCAAUGUUACCCGACUUUGCAUCUUUUUAAGCAUAAGUAGGUAAACUCCCACACGAGGGGUUUUUGACGAUGGAUUGCUUUUCGAUUAGACUCGUAAACCGGCGGUAAACCAAAGUCAAAAAAAAAAGAAAGAAAAGACCAACGAUAAACUCACUUGAGUGAGAGCUCGAAGUAGACACUUACAAAAGGCCUUAAGGCGGCAAGAAGCGAAUGUUUAAACUACAAUUGAUUAGAGGUUUGUAGCAGAUUGCUUAAAAGUGUGGAGAUAUGAUCUACACCAAUGACAGAGCGAAUUAAAAAAAAAAUAGAUAGAAAAGCAAGAACAAAAUAUAUGCAAUAUCAGAUUAUUUUCGGCAUUCAAUUGAAAAUUGUUCUAUUUGUGUCCAGUUUUGCUUAUCAACUGUAUACUUUUAUUUAUAGGAGAAGAUUGUGGAAAGCUACUGCCUCCUGAAAAUGGUUGGAUGUUUGGUUCCGACACAUCUCAUCCCAGUAAGGUGUUGUUCAGUUGUGCAUCUGGGUACAAAACGGUUGGGUCGUCUCAAAGAACUUGCUUGAGGAAUGGUUCAUGGAGCGGCCAACAACCGAGAUGCCUCCGUAAGAUAUACUGCAUCCCCUUAUUAUGAAUCAAAAUGGGGCCCUAGAUGUCCCCGAGAAAAAUUCUUAUGAAACAUACGAGAUUAUCGUUCUUAUACUACUAAAUCAAGAGCAAAAACCUAGCUUUUGCCCAAAGGGAUUUGAUAUUAUUUGCUGCAAGUGGAAUUUUCGAAAUGCAGAGAAGUAUGGAGCAUGCUAAAAAAUAACACACUCACUUAAAACCUCCCAACAAAUUUGGUGUAACAUGUUCGCGAUUAUUUAAGACCCUGAUUUGGGAAGGAAUUUUGAAGGCCAACUCACAAUCAUAAUGGCAAUCUUAGUGUUAAGCACCAUACUUCACUGAUACCUCAUCUUUUUUUUCUUCACAUUCGCAAAAUGCUGUGGAAGUGAAAAAUAAAAGAAGCCAGACAAGCCGUUUUUCACGUUUUGGCAUCAUGUUAAAGCUGUUUCACCUUCGUUGAUCAAAUGACUCUUGGUCAAAACAAUUAUUGCGGCUUAUCCGACAAUUACCCUUGCGUUUACGAAACUAAGUCGUUUGUUGUAAUUGUGAUCAUUGUCGUUAUUUACCUUUCUCAACCAAUCCAUUGGGUUUCUCCGCUUUCUACUGAUGUUAUGUCCUGAGUUCAUUUAAUCGUGUACAAUUAAAGUAGCUAUUUCGUACUUUCGUAUAAAAUACUGCCUGCUUUUCACUUUUCGUUGCACAGGCUUCAAGACAUUUGCUUAUAAAACGAAUGAGGUAUUACUCAGAUAUUUAUAAACAUCGAUUACUCUGAGUUUUCCUCUCCCUCUUUGAACAGCGCUCUGGUGUAGCCAGGCUCCGGAUGUCCCUGCGUUUGCAUACCAGACGUGGACAGCAAAGAACAAGCGCUAUGAGGACGGAGAACGCAUCUACUACAGCUGUAAAGCAGGCCUUAUGAUGGUCGGCAUUCCGAUGAGAAAAUGUGUGAAGGGUCGCUGGACAAAAGCUAAUUUCCGCUGCAGCGGUAGGUACAGUGUAUACAUGAAUGUCAGAAGAGCAACGAAACCAGUGGCACGUCACCUUCCGUUGAAAGCAUUGUGGUAAAUUAGGAUCUUAAAUUUGGCUCAAAUCGUCUGAAAUGCGAAUAAUGUCACUUCGAAAUAUCGCAGAAACCAUAUUUUCAAUUUUCUUGAUAACACUUCUCGGUUAAUCGAUAUCAACCAUGACCAGAUUUGCUUAAUGCCUAUGAUUGAUGCAAUUGGCGACCAGUUAAAAUUUGUUUCGACACACUGGUCCUUGUAGCAUGCAUGGUAGCCACCAUUCCCCGACAAAUAAAGGGCGUAAGUAUAUCCGUGACUGUGAUAACACCUGUUGAUGAUGGUAGUAAGGUGCAAAAGGCAACCAGAUUAAAAUUCAGUAGUAGGAGCCCUCGUGGCUGAUAUUCUUAUUGCCUUUCGCUUCUCAAAGCCACCUCUAAAACAUGUCGUCUUUUAGAACUUCCUGACAAACAAACUCCGUAUUUAAAUAUAAACAUUCGUGUCGGCAACAAAUAUUAGUUGCCUUUGCUUGCCGUACAGCAUGAACUGGACUUCCAGUUUCAAGACACUUUUGAUUUUCUUUUGGCUUUCUUUUAGCGCCAAGUUGUGAUGCUCCUCCAGUCCCAAAAUUUGCCUACCUUACAUGGGCACGUGGUGCACGGAGCAAAUACCUCAACGGUGAAACUGCAUACUACAGUUGUCAGGCUGGUUAUGAGCUGAUAGGAAUUCCUUAUAUUGAGUGUAAAGACAGCGGCUGGACAAAAAUCGACUUUAGUUGUAAAGGUACCUGUACUGUUAACAUAGUGAGAGACAGGGAGGCUAGUCACACCCCUUACCACAACAAACACACCCUUACUCACGCCCAUUGACUACGCAUAGGUGUACCAUCAUAGUCAUUACAGGUUGUCAUGAUUUCUUUUCAACAAUUUCAAUGCUGCUGAUUGGGUGAUUAUGUCAAUGUCGAGACUUGAAGGUUUCGGAAAGCCAAUCAAACUGUACUUUGAAUUAAGGUUUCCCUGGUGAAAUGGAGAAGGAUCACCGGAAAGAUAUUUGAAUGAAGGGAGUAAAGAGAGUUUAGUGCUGCGUCAGUACGAGACUAUAGCAACGUAAUUUGGUAUUAUCAACUGAGUUGAUAACGUAAAUUGGCCACCGUUAAGAGUUUCAAAGCUGACGUUUCGAGCGUUAGCCCUUCGUCAGAGCAAAUGGCGAAGGGCUAAGGCUCGGAAAGGCCAGUUUACGUUAUCAGCUCAGCUGAUAAUGCCAAAUUGAAAAAAAUAUAUAAGAUUGAACGUCUCUGAUUCUUGUUUACAGAAAGAGCGAAGAUCAUUUGUCUUUUGUACAAUUUUGAACUAUGUUGAUUUGGUGAGAAGUACAUGAUAUAAUGGUAAUUGAGCUGAGUGGAGUACACUUUGUAAUCACAUGAUCUCGAGUGCAAUUUGGAAUAAAUAAGCACGACUAAAUUUUUUCAAAGACUAACAAAAUUGCAUGAGCCCGUAGGGCGAGUGAAAUUUGUGGUCUUUGAAAAAAUUUACAAGUGCUUAUUUAUUCCAAAUUACACGAGAAAAAUCAUGUGAUUACGUAUUAAUAAUAUACAAGAAAAAAUAUAAGAUAGCUUAUCAUAAUUAGGCAGACGCGAAGCACGCAUCGAGUGCAAAAAUAAGUUAUUCAAACCAUGUAAGUUACAUGGUACUUUCGGUCAAAACAGCUUCGUACGAUAAAAAACAGUAAUAUUCAAUGAUAUUUUCACAUCUUCAAAGCCUAAAAAAGUUCAAAGUCCGGCUAAAUAGUUCAAGGAAUUGUUCAGUCUGGUUUGUUACUUCUUUGCACUGAAUUAACCCUCUCCUGCAUUGAAAUACCUAAAAACUGCAUUUACCCUAACCAAUCAGGUCUGUAAUAAUGCACAUGCAAACAUUUCAGCUUGCUUAUUGGCUGAGAACACGUCACUUAAUCCCAACAGAGCAGAAAGUUUGAAAUUUACUGCAGAAAGUUGAAAUUGAGUUGAUUGACAAGUCGCGAAAGCACAAUUAAACAAAAUAACGGACAGGAGAGAAAAAGUAACAACGUUUUAAUUCAGAGUCUGAGGAAGAAUGCGAAAAACAAAAAUACCCAACAGAGAAAACAACUUACUCAAAGUCUGGCUUCCAAAAACGGAUAUGAAAGUAUGAACCGCAGGUCCUGAGUAAAAUUCUCGAGUGGUUUUACGUAACAGUUCGGGAAAGAUUACGAGCGUGAUAGCUUUCGUGUAAUGGUUACAGCUGCCGACUGAUACCUAAUAGAGAAAGAAUACAAAUAAUUAUUCUUGAGAAAAGUUUUAAAAUUUUAAAGCAAGUGCUUGAGGGAAAAGCCUGACAACUCCGGCGACUAUCCGAAGGAAAGCAGCCGAACUGGUGAACCAUAGCACGAAAUAAAAACAACUGAGAGGGAAAACAGCGUCAUAUUUUUGCUUGUAUAUUAUUUACUAGAAAUUACAUGAUUUUUCUCGUGCAAUUUGGGAUAAAUCAAAAUCUCGUAAAUUUUUCAAAACUACAAAUUGCACUCGUCCUACGGGCUCGUAUAAUUUGAUUAGCCUUUGAGAAUUUACUCGUGCCGAUUUAUCCCAAAUUGCACUCGAAGUCAUGAGAUUACCUUUACAAAUCGUAAGAGUGAGUUCAAAAUCAAAAGAGUGUGCAGUGCGAGUUUGACUUAAAAUCACAAGUAUGAUUUCAGUCCAAAAUUACACCAAAGAUUCAAAGAUUCAUUACCACUAUAUCACAUCGAUUUUAAUAUCGCAAACUUCGGUUCCUCAAAUACAGGAUUUUUUUAAUCUGUACAAAUAUUUUAUUGAACCAGUGCUAAGCUGGUUUGUAAAAAUUUACAAAAGUUGUCUUCAUUUUCCUCUACUUUGAUUGGUUACUUUAAACAAGCCUUGAAAUAUGAUCGGUUGUUGUUUUUAGUAAAGAUUUCUCAUUGGUUGGGAAAAAAUGCGAUUUCGUGAAUAAAUUUCACUCGAGGUCCUUUAGUGUUUUCAAAAUGGAUGUAAUAAAGAGUAAAAUAUCUAAACUAAGUCUCUAAUGCAGAUGAAUCAACACAAUUAUCCCUAAGAGACCUUACAAAACGAUUGAGAGACGCACUUAAAGAGGAAAGAAGCCCAUGCCUUCAAGAAAGACCGCGGGUCGACAACAAGUACAAAAAAAUAUGGAUAUAUGAAUAGGAGAGGCUUUGAGGUUUAGCUGCCUUUCUUUUCUUUUUCCCCUUGGUGUAGCUGUUGAUUGCGGUUUCUUAGAGAGCCCACCCAAUGGUGGCAUUGCAAAGAAGACAGGAAAAACGUUCGGAGCAAUAUACGUGUUCGAGUGUGAUGAAGACAAAGGCUACCUCAUGGAUGGGUCUAAAGAGAGACGAUGCCAGGCUGACGCCACAUGGAGCGGAGUACAACCAGUCUGCAAGUGUAGGUUUCACACAUUCCACUGAUAUAAAACCUUCAUACUUAAAAGAGCUUGGACAAAAUUGUCACUAGCGUGGGACAGACUAAAAUCUGAGUUCAUUUGCAUAAAUUGCAGGCCUUAUCGGUACCUCUUUAUCUUAAUCAGUCUUUCUUGCCUCGACGACAAGGUCAAAAACAAUGGAACUAUCACUGAAAAGCGAGGCUAAGAAGGCUUGUUUGCAUGCACUCAAAAGAAAAAAAAGAUAGUGCCUGCCAUUAUGGAAGAGGUCCACGAGGAUUCCAAUUUUUUGGUUGCCUGUCGCGCCAAAUGCUUAGGAAAUUUAUUUGUUAGACGAAAAAGCUGAGCGAGACCUCGAUAGCAUGUUUUAGGGGGCAGCACGUUGGUUUCAGAAGAGUUUGACUGAAAAUUAAUCCUCAAGUCUCAUUUACACGAUAACUUUUUCUUUGGCAAGUUUUUUUGAUUUGACAACUUUCCCUUCUCGUAACUUUUUAUCUUGUCUGUUUUUCUUUCUCAAGUAGAGAUAGGCCAAUUUUAAAACGAAGGCACAAGGAAUAAUUUGCAGUUUUCUGCUUUAAACUCUAUCGAAAACUUUCGACGCAAUUAAAAGCCCGUUACCCUUAGUGGGUAACUCAUGACUUUCAUACUUUGAAAACAGUUUCAAAGUAAAUACUUUUCGGUAAUGCAUACAGUAAAACUGGCAAAUAACAAAAAUAUUAACCAAUUCACAAUCUGAGCGAAGUAGGACGUUGAAGGCAUUCCUUUGGGAUCACUCGCUGUCUUAACAGUAAAACGGUCAAUCCUAAAGAUAUGAUUACCUGCGAGUGGACCAAUUCGACAAAAUAGCAUCAGUUGUGUAUCGUGUUGUUUGUUAUCUAUGUUCUUGCGAUCAGUGUAACCGUGAGAUAUUUACAUUUCCUUGUUAUAGUGCAGAGUUGCGUUACUCCAAGCAAGCCAAUGCACGGGAAGUUUAAAUCAGAGCCUCGAAGCAAGUACUACUUUGAAAAUAUCGUUGGUUACCAAUGCGAUAGUGGAUACUCUCUUCGUGGUCAUGAAAGGACAAAAUGCUUGAUUCAUGGUAACUGGAGUCAUGCAGCACCCACGUGUACGGGUACGUUAAUUGUUACUGUUUAGUGCUCAUUCUUCACGUCCCAAUCCUUGAGUAACGAAUCCAGUAAUCCUCACAAGAAAUGUUUCAUAGGGACCCCGUUGUUUUAACACCUGCUGUCGGGCUAUGAGAUUAUUUUUGUUGUAAUGGCAGCGUGGAUGGAUUGCUGCAUUCGUUAAAUGAUGAAGCGUUCUUGUUUGGAUGUUGAAAUUGGUGUUUCAGAGCACAAAACGUGUUGGUUAUUAGUCUUCAUGAAGGUUGCCUCUUCUGAAUGGACGGCAUUUUAUUGUGUUUAAAAUAACUCGAAAUUGUAUUGUUUUAGGUUCACUCGCUCUUUAACUAGUUUUAGGAACUUGCAGCAUUCCUACAAAAAAAAUCAGAUGCUAAAUUAACGGCUGGUUUCAUACAUUUGCUUUGAGAUUUUAGUGACUCCUUGUAACUUUUUCCGUUUGUUCUCGUUGUCGUUUGUAUUUACCUGGUAUUACUGCGUUCUGUGACUAAAUCCGUGACAUGCUCCCCGUAAAAAGCCUUUUCUUCACCUUGAAAGGGCAUUGCGGUCACUUCCAUUUUUAUUUCCAUCAAUGCCCACAGUAACUUCAUUUUAAAAUAAUCUCUGGUAUGAUUAGGAUGUUCCAAACCUCUUGGUUUAAAGAGCAGAAUGAUCUUCAGCCGCCAGUUGUCAGCGUCAUCAGAGCGAGAUUCGCGACACUCCGCCCGACAUGGCCGUCUAGAUGGUAACAGCGCUUGGUGUUCUGCGAGAAGCAGCUUCGCAAAAUAUUUUCAGGUUCGUAAAAAUGUUUUCUAAACUUAGCCGCCGCUUAUCUUUGUGAGCAUAUUUUUGUGAGGCAAGGAUACAUUUCUACUAACAGGUUAAGAGCGGCAUGCGUUUUACAGAACGAAUGCCAAACUGAACGUAAAGGAGUCACUUUUGGUUCGUGCAUGGGGACACAUUUAAGCAUUCCUACCAUUCAAGUCACUCUUAUCCAUCCUUACUCCUUCCUGGUUCUCUUUUACCCUGUGGUGAUUGUCUUUCCCGGCAAACCGUCAUGGUAAGGUUUUAUGUUGAAAAAAUCAACCGCUUCUUUUUCUGUAAAAAUGACCCAAUAUACUGUGACGAUGUAUUUUUUAAUUGGAAAAUACGGUGCAGCCUUCACCAAGGGACAAUGCACGAGGGCGGAAACUUCUUGAAAACUUGCACCAAGACCCGUUCCCAAUCCCUUAUGAACCCUUUUAGUUAGCUUUUAUAUGCGCGGACAUCUUUUGUGAACGGACACUUUUUCUGGUCACGGGAAUGUCCCUUCACUCAAAGACAAUAGUCCGACCGUAAUCCUCUCUUUUGCAGAUCGAUUUCGGCCGCACCGUUGAGGUGACUUCUGUUGCUACUCAAGGACACCCGAGAGAAGAAAAAUGGAUCCAGAGAUAUAUAUUGAGAUAUUCACUGGGGAAGAAUUGGUUCACUUACCAAGCAUCAGGCCGUGAUAAAGUAAUACAGCAUCUGUUAUGCUUGCUUUGUUUCGCUGCUAAAUUUUUUCUGGAAGAUGAUAUCUUGCAGUAUGUCGAGGUUUUUAUGAGGAGCUAUAUAAUUAGAAUGAAAUAUUUCUGGUCGAGUCUUAGUCCUAUUACAGCAAGAAUAAAAUUGAAUGGUCUAUAAAUUUGCUUUUGACAUUAUUUUCCCUCAUGGCAAGGUAUUCAAAGGAAACAGGGAUGGCAGGAGUGCUGUGAGACACUAUUUAAAGGAACGGCUGGUGGCUAAGAAAUUAAGAAUAGUACGCCAUGAAAACUCACGAGACUUCAUGGGAUCCACUGUGUGCUUGAGGGCUGAGGUGUAUGGAUGUUCAUUCGACACAGGUGAAUAUGUUAUUGCUAUUUUUAGUUUCUGGCUUAACGCUGUAAUGUGUUAAGAGCAGUUCCAGCAGGAAAAGGCGACCGUAAACAAGAAAUUUAAAUCAGAUGAAAUGGGUUAAGAGAGUAAACGCGAAGGGAACACUAUAGCCGGCGACAACUUAGAAAAACGUCGGUAAAGCUUUACCAUAGUCACUAAUGCACCGAUGCUUGUAAGCAUUAAGUAUCUCCAGCUAUCUAUUACUUAUGUUACGCUUGAGAACCUCUUGAACCGAUAUUAUUAGGUCGUAAAAAAAUGAGAGAAAUGUGUAUCACCAACAUCCUCACAUUGCUUAAUUUUCGUAUCAUUGUCCUUCUUCAGAAUGUCUUACCUUCGGUUCUGAAGUAUUUGCUCACUGGAAUUCCAUCAAGAAACAUACGCGCUACAUUCAUGGCUACGUCACAAAGGUUCACCGAACAAGUGUCCAUAUAUCUCCCUCGGGUAAACAUGGUGGAAACGCCGACAGCAUCUUUGAAUUACCACGAGAAAAGGAAUUUUACGUGAUCAAAGAUGAAAAAUCCAGUCCACAAGAGAUAAAAAUUGGAUCGGAUGUCAUCGUAGCUUCCAAGGAUAAAGUCGGUUUUUCCCAAGGCAAAGUGACGCAGAAAUAUUACUCUUGGUAUGAAGUCGAACUUGGCAAUGGAAAGACGGCUUGGGGGACUGUGGACGAAAUCAGGCUACUGAAAAGGCCAAUUUAUUGUGAAAAAGAAUAUAUAACGGCAUGAAAUUUUACAGUUUUUUUCGAGAUAUCUUUGAAUGACAGUGAGAAGCAACACUUUACAUCUUUAAUUGUAUGAUUAGGAAAGUGGGUACCCUUCUGUUUUUAGCCUUCGUAGAACGUUUAAGCGACCGAUUAUCUAAGAGUUCCAUAACUUACUUUAGAGAGUCAACUCUCAAUCUAACUUUUUUUGAAAUUUUUCUUUAUAUUAAUGUGAGCAAGCUAGUGUCCAUAAGUGAACAUGGUUAGCCUAAUUAGGUACCAUCAAAAGACAAGU